AUGGACAGCUCUAAAUUGAACAUCUUCCAGCUGAGCAACGCACUGGAAGGAAUAGCUCCAGUUAAAUUGCAGGUGGUGUUUGGGCUGGGAAGCGGUCUGUUUGGGGUUAUUUACAGCUGCAUGUUCUACGCAGAGAACAAGCCCUUUACAAAGACAGUGCUCCGAUUAGCCAAUGUGCUUCUGCUGUUUAUUGCAUACCUAUUUUCCCUAAAACUGUACAUGUACAGAACACUGGACGUAGUGCUAUUUCUGCUGGCCACCAAUGGAAGAGCGCUAAAAAGCAUCAUAACAGCCACUGACAUAGCCAGAGGAAGAACAUACGAGUCAAAAAAGAUAAGUGAAGAAAAAAAAGAUAGCAAAACAAAAACAACCGAUAAAAAAACAGCUGCAUGGAUGCCUGCUUUGAAAGAGUUUCUACCAAUCAAUCUUGUUAUGCCUAGGGUAACCACCAAGCCCGUCUCUUUUGACAAGGUGUUCGAGGAAAUGGUGUUUAGACUGCUUUUACUGUCGAAUAUGCACAUUCUGUACACACUGUCAUUCAGCAGCUUUUCUAUUUUAGCACAUGGCAUACUCUACACAACACUUUCCUACACAAUAAGAUAUGUGGAGUAUUCACUGACAAAAACAACCCCGCCGGGUGUUUUAACCGAGGAUGCAUAUUCCAUAUAUGUAUGGCUGCUGCAUAUAGUUUUUAUCACAGAGCUGUAUGCCAACUAG